CCAAGUUCUUCCCAACCCCCUCUUCCCCUUUUUAUUCAUCCAACAUAUAAUCAUGUCUUACCAAUCUAAUCAAUACAAUCAAGGUGUGCCUCCUCCUCCACAAACACAAGCUCCAUACGGUUAUUCUCCUCAACAAGGUUAUGGACAUGCACCUCCAUCUGGUCCUCCUCCUGGUGCCAAUCCUCAAUUAUGGGCUUGGUUCAAAGCCGUAGAUACCGAUGGGUCUGGUCAGUUGACAGUCGAUGAAUUACAAAGAGCUUUAAUUAAUGGUGAUUGGAGUCCAUUUAAUAUUGAAACUGUGCGUACUAUGGUGAAUAUGUUUGAUACUGACAAUAGUGGUACCAUCAACUUCAACGAAUUCAGCGGACUUUGGAACUAUAUUGAAGAAUGGAAAAAAUGCUUUCAAACAUUUGAUCGAGAUGGUUCAGGAUCGGUGGAUCGAAAUGAAAUGAGUCAAGCUUUACGUGCUUUUGGUUUCAAUGUAUCAGAUAAGUUUGUCCAUAGUUUGAUUCAAAAGUUUGAUCGUUAUGGUACCAAUCAACAAAGUCGUGGUAAUGGCAAUGUCACCUUUGAUAACUUUGUACAAGCUUGCGUUACUGUCAAGACAUUGACUGAUUCUUUCCGUGGAUUUGAUUCAGAUCAAGAUGGUUGGAUUCAAAUCAAUUAUGAACAGUUCUUGGAUCUUGUUGUUCGUCAACGUGCUUAGGAUAUACCUUUUUCUUCUUUUUAAUAAUAAAAAAAAAUCGAUUUUA